AUGACGGAUCGUGACAUGAUACAACUUCCGGUUCAGAGCAAGCUUGGUCCUUGGAUCGCUAGCAGGAGAACCGAAGAAGUGAAGAAGAAGUAUGAAGAAAUUGGUGGAGGUUCACCAAUAUACAAAUGGACGGAUUUACAAGGUCAAUUGCUAACCAAGACUUUGGACCAAAUGCUGCCCGAGUCAGCUCCUCACAAACACUACAUAGCAUUCAGAUAUGUACCACCAUUUACCGAGGAGACAUUGGACCAAAUGGAACGUGAUGGUGUGAAAAGAGCUGUAAUAUUUUCACAAUAUCCUCAAUACAGUUGUGCUACAACGGGUUCCAGUUUAAAUGUUAUAGCUGACUAUUAUAAGAAACGGGAACUGCCGGACAUAAAAUUCAGUCUUAUUGAACGUUGGGGCACCAAUAAGCACUUAGCAAAGGUAUUCGCUGAAAGGAUAAAGGAAAAACUAAACUUAUUUGAUGCAAAAAUAAGAGAUCAAGUGUUGAUAAUGUUUACGGCUCACAGUCUACCUUUAAAGGCUGUAUCCCGCGGCGAUACCUAUCCUCAUGAAGUAGCAGCUUCAGUAUCAGCUGUUAUGAAUGUACUCAAAGUUAAAAACCCUCACCGACUGGUCUGGCAGAGUAAAGUUGGACCUUUGCCUUGGCUUCAACCUUAUACUGAUGAUGCUAUUAAGGCUUACUCAAAACAAGGAGUCAAACAUAUGAUCUUAGUGCCGAUAGCAUUUGUAAAUGAACACAUUGAGACAUUACAUGAACUAGACAUUGAGUACUGUGAUGAACUGGCUAAAGAGGCCGGCGUCAUACAAAUAGAGCGAGCAGCCGCACCCAAUGAUCACCCCAUGUUCAUAGCAGCAAUGGCUGAUGUUGUUGCCAAUCAUAUUAAUAGUGGACCCGCACUGUCAAGACAAUAUCUAUCAAGAUGCCCUCACUGUGUAAGUCAGAGAUGUAAAUCAUCGAAGGAGUUCUACAAGAAGCUGUGCAACUAUGACUGUGAGAAAGAAAUGUGA